AUGAGCAAGGAGAUCCAAAUAAUCGCUGCUGAAAAACUCAAAAUUAAUAAAUGGAAGAUACGAGAAGGCUCGCAAAUAUCAAAUGGGAAUAUUGUGUUGCUGUAUCAUGAUCCAGAUGAUGCCACCAAAGCCGUUAAACGUCUAAAAUCCAACAAAUGUGGCGUUGUUAAGAAACGCUUGUUCAAGGAAGGCGAUGUUGUUGAUGCUGGCGUGGCUAUUGUUUCGUUGAGCGAAUGCAGUCACACGACAGUUAUAAAAGACAUGUGCGCCGAUUGCGGAGCAGAUUUAAGGCAUGAGGAAGAGGGCAACACCUCCGAAGCAUCAGUCCCGAUGAUUCAUUCCGUGCCAGAGCUAAAAGUGACACAGGAACUCGCCGAAAAACUCGGAAAAGCCGAUACCGAACGCUUGUUAGGGGAUAAAAAGUUGGUUUUAUUGGUAGAUUUGGAUCAAACACUCAUCCACACGACAAAUGACAACAUCCCGAACAACCUGAAGGACGUCUAUCAUUUCCAACUUUAUCCAAAUUCGCCGUGGUAUCACACGAGACUGCGUCCCGGAGCGUUAAAAUUCCUCGCCAACAUGCAUCCGUUUUAUGAAUUGCACAUUUGCACUUUUGGCGCGAGAAAUUACGCUCAUAUGAUUGCUCAAUUUCUCGAUGAAGACGGAAAAUUCUUCUCGCAACGCAUUUUAUCACGCGAUGAGUGUUUUAAUUUGACCAGCAAAAAGGAUAAUUUGAAAGCGCUCUUUCCGUGUGGCGAUGCCAUGGUUUGUAUCAUCGACGAUCGCGAAGAUGUCUGGAAUAUGGCGACAAAUUUGAUUCAAGUGAAGCCCUAUCACUUCUUCCAACACACGGGAGACAUCAAUGCGCCGCCCGAAUUGUCCAAACACGAGUUGGAUGGCACGCAGGGAGUCGAUUUCAAGGAAAUUUUGAAUCAGGCGAGCAAAAAACGGAAGAAACAAGAAGAUGAAAUGGCUUCGGACAAAAGUGACGGCGAAACAUCGAACCAAUCGAGUGAUGUGGAAGUCGAAAUGGUGUCAGAAAAGAAGGAUGAAGAAGCAAAGGAAGAGGAAAAAGUUGAAGAAAAACCAAAAGAAGACACAAAAAGUGAAGAAAAAGAAGAAAAACCGGCAGUUGUUGAAAAGGAAUCCAAACCCUUAUCCGACAACGAGGAAAAUUUAAUCGAAGUCGAAGAUCCCGACGACUAUCUCUUGUACCUGGAAAUAAUUUUGAAGAAAAUUCACGCCGCCUUCUACGAAAUUUACGACAAAGACGGGUCAAUUCCCGACCUAAAAACCCUCAUUCCGAACGUGAAAGCUCAAGUCCUGGUCGGAAAAAAUCUCGUAUUUUCCGGCAUCGUCCCGAACCACAUCCCGCUCGAACAAAGUCGCCCCUAUAAAAUCGCCAAAAGUCUCGGAGCCACUGUCAUGGAAGGCAUUGACGACACAACAACACAUCUAGUGGCUGCCUGUUCAGGCACUUUCAAAGUCCACUUGGCCAAAAAAAAUCCAAAUAUAAAACUUGUCGCUCCGGAAUGGCUUUGGUCGUGCGCCGAACGCUGGGAAUCUGUCGAAGAACAACUUUUCCCCAUGCCCAAAAUACCGUCAAAGAUGCGUCAACCGCCGCCGCAUUGCAGUCCCGAUCGAAAUGACGCAAAUUCCUCUGUCGAACCCGCAAAAUUCAUGGAUACGAUCAAUCCGCUGCUGAGUUUUUCGAAUGACGAGCUCGAUCAAAUGGAUAAUGAGUUUAACGAAUUCUUCGAUGGGUCCGAAAGUGACGAUUCGGAAGACAACACGAUCGACAUCGAGAAUCCGCCGGAAGAAAAAACGCUCAGCAGGAAGCGGAAACGACUGGAGGAGAAGCCAAAUGCAUCGGAUUUCUUCACGAGACCCGAAGUGAAGAAAAUUAACUUGAGCGGCAUCGGAAAUGACGAGGAUUCGAACAGUAGCAAGUCGUCGGAGGAGGAUGACGAGUCGCCAAGCGUUAAAUUUCGACGGGGAGAGGUCCCCUCAGAUGUUGAGGAUGGGUCCAGCAGCAAAGGGAGUGACGAGGCGCCUGAUGAUGUGGAUGAUGGCGAAUGGAAUAUGAUGGGAGCGGCGCUGGAACGUGAAUUUCUCGGCUUGGAUGAAUGAUGAAAUGGAAGUUUUUGUGUUGUUAUCGUCCGUUAAGAAUAAAAUUUGUCGAUUAAAUUGAUUUUAUUUGCCUAGAAUAACUAA